AUGAAGUCAAAUAGCUUGCAUCUACCAUCGCAAAUACAGAACCAUGAAGCUCAUCAAGUUGAGAACUUGGUCAAGCAACACGAGGCUUUGUCGCAGUCGCUUAUGCCUCUGCGAAACCCAUCCACAGGAGAGAUUUCGAACACGAAUGUUUUGUCAGACCUUCUGACUGCAAAGCAAAGACAGAACAACUAUAACUCCAACAAGACCUUCACCACCAUCACAACCACAACAACAACCACCACCAUCAUCCUCCGCACCACAGACCGCAACCUCACGCGCUGCCCAACCGCCACCACAAAGGAGACGUUCGAAUGA